CCCAGCGGGACCUUAAGUGUGGCUGGUGCUUGCUUUGUUCAGAUCUACACGUGGCUCAAUUCGAGGUCUUAGCCACACGUCACGAGCCCACCUGUGAGGUCACCGCCGCACGCAGAGCUGCUUCAAUUGUGCGCUUGGCCACAGCGCUCAUCCUGAGAGCGUUUCGACUUGCACACAACACAACCAAGCCAGAUCCUGUAGCGCACGCCUACAGUCCCUGAUCUGUCAUGGUCUCCUUCUGGCCUUGGAGGGGCGAGUCCUCCGACACGGCAUCGUUCGAAAAGACUCUCUCGAACCUCUCCACGAAGAUUGCCGCCAAUCAAGCGCAUCUUGACAAGCUGCGCUCGCGCGCACGACGUGUCAAAGUACUAUGGACGCUCUACAUGACCUUUGCCUUCCUCGUCUACGCCGUUGUUAUGCUUGCUGUCGUGGGAUAUAACCGCAUGGGCGCGUACGAGUGGACAGCAAUGGCAGGCGGUCCCGUCUUGAUCUAUGCCACUAGAAGGCUGACAACCGGGUACUUCAACCUGCGGAUCGACUCCCUCUCUCAGAAGCUUAAGGAGCAGCAAGAGGAACGAGCAAAGACGAUCCAGAAGCUCAAAGACGCCACCAAGUACGACUCCACGAUGGAGCUCAUUGAGAAGUACGGCGGGGCAGAGGGCAGAUCUGGCAAGGGCAAGAAGAAGGCCGCUGGCGACGGCGGAGACGACACGGCAAAGGCCAACGAUGGCAAAAAGGGCAAGCAUCCGCAAAGUCCUGCACCCAGCCGGACGACAAUGCCACCGCCUCCCACCGCGAACAUUCAGCGACGCCCGGACGCACCUCAGCAGCAGCACGCGCGACCGCAGGGGAUGGAGGAGGCCAGCGCCGAGUUCGCGCCCAAUGCAGAGUUCACCCACAUGCCACCCCUGGCCCACCAGCACCAGCAGCUACCACAUCAACCGCCCGAGUCGCACUGGUACGACCGUGUUUUCGACAUUUUGCUCGGUGAGGAUGAGACGGCGCCCAAGAAUCGCAUCGUCCUCCUCUGCAGCCAAUGUCGGCUUGUGAACGGGCAAGCACCGCCAGGUGUCAAGACGCUCGCAGAGAUGGGCAAGUGGAGGUGCAUGGCAUGUGGUGCCAUGAAUGGCGAGGUUGCUGAGGACGAAGGGCAUCGGAUCGUGCGGGAAGUUCUUGGCGAGCAGACGGAGGAGCCUGUAGAGGAAGGGCCCGUCAGCGAGAGCAGCGAUGAUGAGGUAGAAGCGGAGGAUAGUCCCGCUGCCACGGUCAAGAAACGGAGAAGCAGGCCGUCCAAGUGAGUUGGUCAGGAUAGAGCGUCACGCGACGAGAUACGAGUAAUAGACUAGGGAAAAGCGAGGCAAAGGGGCUUCUUGCAAGAACGGAUCUCUAAUCAUGAUUAUUUCCAACAUGAGCCAGGGACGCAGGCCGAGCAAUACGCAUCUAUGCACUUCUCGUCCACGACCGCCUUGCACGAAACGUAACAGAUGCUG